AUGGACGCCUCGGGCGGCUCCUCGCCCGCGCCUCCUCCCCCCCCGCCGGCCUUGCCCAGCGGUGCCAAUUUCUCUCUGCCCGCCACCCCCGCCCCGAGCUCUCCAUCUCCCAGCCUGGCGUCCACGGCCGUGUUCUGCUCUUUCCUCUCCCUGCUCUCCCUGGCGGGCAUCGCGGGCAACCUGUACACUCUGGGCCUCCUCCUGCGGCGCCGCAGGAACAGGAGCAGGAGGAGGAGCGCAGCGGGCCCGGCCUGCUGCUUCACGCGAGUUCCUGCGCCCUCCUGCUUUUCCGGGCCUUCCUCGCUCUCCCCCUGCUCCUCCCCUUUCUCCUCCGCCUCCUCCUCCCCCCCCUCCUCCUCCCUUCACCUGCAGGUGCUGAGCCUGGCUCUGGCCGACCUGCUCUACCUGUUCACCGCCCCCUUCAUCGUCUACGACAGCCUGGCGUCGGACUGGGCCUUCGGCGAGCUGGGCUGCCGCCUCCUGCUGAGCCUGGACCUGCUCACCAUGCACGCCUCCAUCUUCACGCUCAGCGCCAUGAGCCUGGACCGCUACCGGGCGGUGGCGCGGCCCCUGCGCGCCUCCUCGGCCAACUCGUCGGGCCUGCUGCGAGUGAGCUCGGCUUGGGGGCUGGCGGCGGCGCUGAGCUUGCCCAUGAUGAUCAGCCUGCACCUGGAAGACGGCGAGAACCAGGAGGGCCGGCUGUGCGUGCCGGCGUGGGACGAGCAGAGCUCCAAAGCCUAUCUGAGCGUGCUCUUCUGCACCAGCAUCCUCGGGCCGGGCCUGGCCAUCGGCGCGCUCUACGCCGCCCUGGGCCGACUUUACUGGGUGUCUCAGACCCGGGCCCCCUGGGGGACCGCCCGGGCGCCCAAACCCAAAGUCCUGCUUCUCAUCCUAGGCAUCGUCCUGGCCUUUUGGGCUUGCUUCCUCCCUUUCUGGAUCUGGCAGCUGCUGCCUCUCUACCAGCCCGACAUGCUGAGGACGGUACCGGUCGGUACGCAAGUGACGGUCAACCGGAUCCUCACGGGACUGACCUACGGAAACUCUUGCGUGAAUCCUUUCUUCUACACGCUACUGACCGGGAAGCGAAGACGCAAACGUCAGACUCUGACUUCGGCGAAUCGGCUCUGCCGCAAGAGCGGUCCGCCGCGAUAGGCUUUCCUUUGGAUCACCGGCGCGAUAAUGUGAGCC